GUAAUCAGAAUAAACUUUGUGGUUCAGAGACUCUCACACUGGAUAGCAGGAGAGGAUGGGGCUCACCUCACCUUGUGUGCUGCUCUUGCUGAGUGCUCUCCUCAUCUCUGGAAACACUCAAGAGAGACCAAAGGCUGUGGUGACCCUGCAUCCUGACCUGCAGCAGAUAUUUACAGGAGAGAGACUCACUCUCAGAUGUCAGAUACAGGGAGGAGAGAACAACAUUGAAUGGCAAUACUUUUUUAAGAGGGAUGAUGUAUACAUCGGCACUCUGCCCACAGCAACAGUGAAGAUCCUCUCUCCUCCUGCUCCUCACUAUCGUGGAGACACAGUCACUCUGCAGUGCGACAUAUCACAGUAUGAAGACUGGAACUACAUCUGGUUCAUAAAUGGCAAGGAGUUUAACGGUUGUACUAGUAAAAGCUGCUCCUUCACCCUGGGUCAUGACACAGUGACUUACAGCUGUAGUGGGAGGAGGAGUGGUCAAUCCCAGACUUCACAGCAGAGUCCUGACAUAUCUAUAACUAUUACAGCUCCACCCACAGCAACGGUGAACAUCCUCUCUCCUCCUGCUCCUCACUAUCCUGGAGACACAGUCACUCUGCAGUGUGAUAUAUCACAGCAUGAAGACUGGAACUACUACUUCUGGUUCAUAAAUAACCAGGACUAUAAAGAUUGUACCAGUAAAACCUGCUCCAUCAAACUGGUUCACAACAAUCAGUACAGCUGUUUGGGGAGGAGGAGUCGACCCCAGGAUUCACAGCGUAGUGCUAUCUUAUCUAUAACUGUUACGGCCCUCCCUAAAGCUACUCUGACUGUGACUCCAAACCCUGUCUACCACGGAGAGACAGUCUCUCUGAAGUGUUCAGUGGAGUCUGGUCCUGCCUGGAGCUACAGGUGGUACAAAGACAGAACAGAGAUCACAGUGGAGCAGUCUGGUAGACACAUUAUAUCCCGAGACUCCCUCACCAUCAGUAAAGUAGAAUCAUCUGAUAUGGGUCUUUACGGGUGUACAGGAGUGAUACGAUCCAUAUUUUCAAGAGACAGUGAUUCCAUCAGUAUCACAGUGAAAGCCCUCCCUAAAGCUACUCUGACUGUGACUCCAAACCCUGUCUACCACGGAGAGACAGUCUCUCUGAAGUGUUCAGUGGAGUCUGGUCCUGCCUGGAGCUACAGGUGGUACAAAAACAGAACAGACAUCAGAGUGGAGCAGUCUGGUAGACACAGGAUAUCUGGAGACUCCCUCAUCAUCAGUAAAGUAGAAUCAUCUGAUUGGGGUCAAUACAGGUGUAGAGGAGAGAUACCGUCCAGAUCCAUAUCCACAUUACAGAGUGAUUCCAUCACUAUGCCAGUGAAAGAUUAUAUGCCAACGGCCACACUUCAGUCGGACCAGACAGACAUCUAUACAGGUGACAGAGUGACUCUGACCUGCGCUGUGGAAGGUUCCUCUGGGUGGACGUUUUACUGGUACAGACACACCACAGACUCUGACCCUGUGACCUCUGCUGAUGAGUCAACCUACUCUUUCACCCCUGGAAGUGUGUCAGAGGGGGGUCAGUUCUGGUGCAGAGGGGGGAGGGGUUACCCAGUAUUUUACACCCAGUACAGCAGCCCAGUCCAUAUUAAUGUUACUGCGAGGCCCUAUGCUGUUGUGACUCUGAAGCCCAACUGGAGUCAGAUAUUCAAAGGGGAGAGUGUCACCCUCAGGUGUGACAUACAGGGGACAGAGGACACAGACUGGGAGUAUGAAUGGUGGAGACCUGGGGUGUCCAUGACAAGAUGGACAGAACAGGAAUACAAGAUCAUCAGGGCUGAGGAGUCUCACAGUGGUGACUACAAGUGUAGAGGUCAACAUGGAACAGACCAUUCAGAGUGGAGUUCUGUUGUCAAACUGGGAGUUAAAGAUCGUCCCCAGCCUGUCCUGAGAGUGUCUCCCUCGUGGCGGAAUCCUGGAGACUCAGUGACUCUGAGCUGUGAGGUUGGAGACUCAUCUACAGGCUGGAGCUUCUUCUUCUACAGAGCUGCUCCCUCUCUACCAGACCAGCCCUACUCUGUAGAGCUCCUCUCUGACCGUGAGCAGACUACAGGGAACUCCUCCACUCUGCAGCUAGCUGCUCCCUCUCACACAGCAGGAUAUAUGUGUAGAGCUGGGAGAGGAGAGACAGUCUACUACUCUGACUACAGUAAUCCACAGUUUCACUGGUCUGGAGAUCCGCAUUCCUCAGUGUCUCUCAGUGUAAGCACCAACAGAUCUCAGCACCUCGUGUCUGACUCUGUCUCUCUGAGCUGUGAGCUGAAGGGGAACUCUACUGGAUGGACACUGAGGAGGUACACAGGCAGAGAGCUGUAUACUGUGUGUUCCUCUGUCAAGGGAUCAACUACAGGAUCCACCUACAGGAUCCAGUCCUUAAACAAAAUUCACAGUGGAGUGUUCUGGUGUGAGUCUGGCUCAGGAGAGUACAGUAACGCUGUCAACAUCACAGUACAUGUUGUCCCUGUGAUCCUGGAGAGUCCUGUUCACCCUGUCACUGAGGGAGACUCUGUGACUCUGCGCUGCAGACACAAGACUCCUCCAUCAAGCCCCAAGGUAGACUUCUACAAAGAUGGUAACCUGAUCAGGAAUGAGACCACAGGAGAGAUGACCAUCCCUGCAGUAUCCCAGUCAGACGAAGGCCUCUACAAGUGUACAUACUCUGACAGGGAAGAAUCCCCACAGAGCUGGCUGCUGGUGAGAGGUUCUGUUCUCCCCUAUUCUAACAGAGAAGGAGCAGUAGGAUUGAUGGAGGGUCUGGUUGUGAUUGGUGUUUUACUGUUUCUCCUCAUACUGCUGUUACUAGGCUGGCGAAAGUUCAAAGGUGCUCAGUCUAGUGCGGCAUCUAUAUCCUCCCAGUCACAGAGCACCAAUCAUGUCUUAGAUAGGGUCCAGAUAGCCAAUCAGAACCAAGCUCCUGGUGGAAACGCCCUUCUGCAGCAUGGGCAAGGUGUGGAGGCUGGACCAAGUGACGUGACCUACGCCCAGAUUGAGCUCAAAAAGAUGAAAAAAACGGUGACAGGAAAGCAAGCAGAAUCAGAGGAAGACACCAUUUAUUCCAAGGUGGCCACAGGACCUCCCUCUGGUGGCGCUGGAACAGAUGACGUGACCUAUGCCCAGGUUGACUUAAAGGGCAAGAAAGCCAAGAAAUCAGACAUGUUGACCACCAGGGAGCCGGAUGCUGUCUACUCUGCAGUGAGGACAGGGUGAGGGGUCCUCCCUGGAUGCUGUCUACUCUGCAGUGAGGACAGGGUGAGGGGUCGUCCCUGGAUGCUGUCUACUCUGCAGUGAGGACAGGGUGAGGGGUCCUCCCUGGGACCUGGCGCUGAACUCCUGAUCUGAGUCUGAUCUGAGUCACUGUUGACAGUCUGUUUACUGGCGUUUUGUUGUCAUGACAGUGUACGUGUCUGUGUUGAGGUAGGUUUUUUACACACAAAGACAGGUACAUAUUCAUGAACCGACACGUCAGGAAAUGCACUCACGUAUACACAUAUAACACGCACACACACACACACACACACACAAACAGACACAUACACAGCUGUUUGAUGUGAAUAAUAGCUUAGCCACCUGUGUGAUGUAGCCGCUUAGUGUAAUGUUUAGUAAUUUGGAGGAUUUUAUGCAACUCAAUGAAUUGAAAGUGUUUUUAUCCUAUAGGUGUCUUCAUUUUUAUGCAGCAUUUUAAAACAUGUUUUAUACAUACAGUUAGUCGAUUAUUUUUGGAUAUGUGUUGAUAGAAUAUUCUUAAUGUGUGCUUUUUUACUGUCCAGUUUAAUGUAUUAGUAAAACAUUUAUUGAACCUUCUACAUGAAUUAUUUCAAGUUCAAGUUCAAUGCCUGCACUGGUCUAAAACUUGACAAGAUUAAGACACACCUCAAGUUUGUGUAUAUAGUUUAUUUUCCUCUACAUCCAGAUUUUUGAAAAG